ACGGGUGUGGUGCUCCCGCCCGAUUCAGACGCAAUAUCGGAUGGCGUCGAGUUAUUUGUAGUUUCACGCCUGCUUGCUCUGGUGGUUUUCGGUGGACAUGGUAAUUGGCAUCCUAUUGAAUACUCUGCCCUACAAUGCGACCUAGAUCUAUUACCAAUCAAAUUUCGUGUUCGUCUUGAACGUUGCAUACUUUGUCCUGUCUUACGCUAUAUCUUAUAUCCGAAGAUUUUCAUUGUCAUAAUCUUUCAACCGACACAGUCACUCUGUUUGGGAGCUUUUCCCAUGGAUUUGCAUGUUCUGCUUUUUCUGCGCCCCAGCGUGGACCGACGCGACUGCCUAGUUUAUUUGGAGUGUUUGGAUGUUCGAUGCUAUUGUAUCGGUCGUGCAGCCACUGGUGGUAUCGUGGCGGACGAUUUGCUCAGGCCACAGCUGGCUUUGGGAACCAUAUUGGCGAUUUAUAUUCUGUGGGGAAUUGGUGUUUCAUUCUCCCUCAUGGUAAUAUGCAUCUAUCUCCAACGGUUGAUGCUUUAUAAGCUCCCACCAAGGGCAAUGCUCGUAAGCGUUUUUCUUCCACUCGGUCCACUGGGCCAGGGUGGAUUUGGUAUACAGAAGUUUGGCAAAAGUGCCAAGUCCAUAUCCCCCCAAACCCAAACGCUGAGCUCCUCGACUGGGAAAGUAUUUUACCGCGUUGGGUUUCUGAUCAGCAUUCUUGCUGUGGGCAUUUGGGCUUGUCUGGCUCACUCUCGGAUGUUCCUGCUCAACAUGGACUGGUGGGCCUUGACAUUCCUGUUGGGUGUGUUUACGACCUGUACUUGUACGAUGGACCAGGAGUUCCCACCACGCUUCUUCUCGGGUGUUUGGAACGGUAAGCAGCCCAAUUCCACUUACCUGGCUAUGCUGACCCGUCGAUCGGCUAGAUUCUAUCUAUGA